AUGUACUUCUUCCUCUUAAACUUGUCCAUCCUGGAGAUAGCAUUUACAUUAUCCAUCACCCCAGUCACACUUUCUAACCUUCUCUCAAGAACAAAAACAUUAUCAUUUUAUGGCUGCAUAACUCAGUGCUUCCUCUAUUUCUUCCUCAGAGUGGCAGAGUUUGUACUGCUGGCUGUCAUGUCCUUUGAUCGCUAUGUAGCAAUAUGCGAUCCACUACGCUAUGCUUCAAUCAUGAGCUCAGGCUCUGCUCAUGACUUGUCAUUUUUUUGUUGGUUGGCAGGAUUCAUUUUUGUGAUUUGGCCUGUUUCUGCUAUAUCAAAACUAUCAUUCUGUGGCUCUAACAUCAUCAAUAAUUUCUUUUGUGAUAUUGAACCACUCCUUGCUCUCUCUUGCUCCAGUACACACCAUAUUGAGUUUCUAGAUUUCAUAAUUGCUAUAAUUGUACUUCUGGGAUCUUUGGUAUUAACAACAGUGUCCUACAUUUCUAUCAUCACUGCGGUGCUGAGAAUCCCAUCAGCUACUGGGAAGAAGAAGGCCUUUUCCACUUGUGUUGCCCACAUCACUGUGGCUUCCAUCUACUACGGAAGUGCCAUAUUCAUGUAUCUGAGGCAAUCAAAGGGAUCAUCCCUGGAUCUCAAGAAAGUGGUGAGCAUCUUAACAGCGGUGAUAACCCCUGUCCUCAACACUUUUAUCUACACCCUGAGAAAUGAAAAGGUGAAAGAGGCCCUGAGAGACUUAAUCAAAGGAAGGUUGCAUUCAAAUGUACACAUGAAAAUAAAUAAAUGA